AUGGGAAGAAGAUUCCGAGGCCCUCUCAAAAAGGCCAAAGAAGUCGAUAUCCCAGAAGAGACUGAGCAAGAUGACAAUGUUAGUGGUAAGACUGAUCAGAAGAGCAAUGGUUCUGUCAAGCAAGAUGAAGAAGAAGAAGAGUACUAUGAUGAUGAAGAGUAUCCAGAAGAUAAGUACAGACAGUUGGAGGAACGAAUGAAGGCUGUAGAAAUCCAGAAGAUCCCAGGGUUAGACUUUGAGGAACUAGGGCUCAUCUCAGGAGUUGUGAUUCCUCCAAAGUUCAAAACUCUGACCUUUGCGAAGUAUGAUGGAGUCUCUUGUCCGAAACUGCACCUAAAGUCAUAUGUGAGGAAGAUCCAACCUCACACUGCUGACAAGAUGUUGUUGAUCCAUUUGUUCCAAGAGAGUUUGACAGGAACUCAACUCGAAUGGUACUAUCAGCUGGAGAGUACCAAUAUCCGUACUUGGGAGGACUUGGUUGUUGCUUUCUACAAGCAAUACCAAUAUAACUCUGAUCUCGCACCGACUCGUACACAAUUGCAGAACAUGUCCAUGGGUCCAAGAGAAAGUUUCAAGGAGUAUGCUCAAAAGUGGAGAGACUUGGCUGGCAUAGUUCAACCUUCUCUAACAGAUAGGGAGCUGGUAGAUAUGUUCAUGGGUACUUUGACUGGUCCAUUUUAUAGUUAUUUGCUGGGAAGCUCAUCAGCUGGUUUUACUGAUUUGAUAUUGACUGGUGAACGUGUUGAAAGUGGCAUCCGAAGUGGGAAAAUUCAGGUGGCCACCUCUUCUGGUGUUACGAAGAAGCCUUAUAGUGGAAAGACUGAAGCUAAUGCUGUGCACAGUCAGAGGGGUCGCAACAGAAAUGACAGUAGCCAUUCUGUCGGGGCUGUCUUAAUCUCUACACCAACACCUCGACAAAAUCAACAACAGGGAUACCAGCGUAGACAAGACGCGCCUAGAAGAAACUUUACAAAGAUCAAUAUGUCUUUGAAUCAAGCAUGGCAACACUUGCUGAAGGCAAAGUUACUUGCGCCAAUAGCUCCACCAAACAUCAAUACAUCUUCUCCUCGCUAUGAUCCCAACGCAAGAUGUGCUUACCAUUCUGACUGCCAUGACAAAGCUGUUGAUAAAGAAUCCUAUGUUACUAAUGUGAUGAGUCUGACUACUCCACUCCCUCUUAUCAAGAAGAAGCUGUUGCAAGCCGGUUUAUUUCCGGGUUGCAUUGAAGACUGUUAUGACUGCUCGUCUCAACCAAAUGGUUGUACAAGGUUGAAGAUUGGUAUUCAAUGCCUGAUGGAUAAUCGAAAGAUCAUGUUUGAAAAGGUGCCUUCUGUGGAAAAAUUAUGUGAAGAUCUAGCCCAGAACUUGAAAAUUGAAGACGUGUCCGUAAUUUCCAAGACUCCUAUCAGAAUCCCUACCAAGGCCCCCAUAAGGAUCACUGCUGAGCCCAAGGUAGCUCCCUUGAUCAUUACCAAGCCUGGUCCUAUCCCGUACUCCUCUGACAAGGCUGUCCCUUGGAGCUAUGGUAAUGAUGUGUAUAUUCAUGGUGUGAAACAAGAAGCCCUGAAUGAUGAGCCUGUCAAAGUUCCUAGUCCCGACAUCGACAAUAUUGUAGGGACCAGUAAGGUUACAAGAAGUGGAAGAAUUUUCUCUCCAGAAAUCUCCCCCGGUGCCAAUACCUCAACUCAAGUCCCUGUUCCUGAUUCAACUGCUGAUAUGCGAGGGAAAAGGUCAAUGCUGGAGCCAGUUCAGACACCGGUAGAAGCUACUGCUGAAGAAGUCUCUCAGAAGGAAAUGGAUGAAAUUCUGAAGAUCAUCCGGAAGAGUGAUUACGAUGUGAUCGAGCAGUUGGGGCACACUUCCUCCAAGAUAUCCAUGCUAUCAUUGUUAACUUGUUCUGAGGCCCAUGCUAAGGCUUUGAUGAAGUUUCUAAAAGCGGCGCACGUGCCACAGGAGAUUUCUGUUAAUCAAUUUGAGAACUGCGUUGCAAGUUUGACAACGAACAAUUACUUGGGGUUUUCUGAUGCUGAUCUGACUCCUGCUGGAAAGAGUCAUAACAAAUCCUUGCACAUCUCCAUUGAGUGUAAGGGUACUACUUUGUCCCAUGUGCUGGUGGAUAAUGGCUCCUCGCUGAAUGUAUUGCCUAAAUCGGUGCUGGAUAGACUUGAUUCCGAAGGGAUAGUGCUAAUGCCCAGUAAUGUGGUGGUAAAGGCUUUCGAUGGGUCGAAGAGUACAGUCUAUGGAGAGGUUGAGCUCCCAAUCAGAAAGUUGAAGUACCUUGCAAAUGGCAAGAUCGUCACUGUGCAUGGGGAAGAAGAGUAUGUGGUUAGCUGUGUGAAUGAGUACAAGUAUAUCGAAGUGAACGGCGAAUUCAUCGAGACUCCUUGCCAGACUUUUGAAUUGGUUCCUCAAGUUGUCUCUACCGCCAAGCACACUCCUACUGUUCCUAAAGUUACCUGGAUCCCUUCAACAAUGGCUUCUCUGAAGGAUGCUAAGGCUGUAGUUGAAGAAGGUGGUUGUACUGUUUGGGGCCAACUCAUUGAUGUCCCGUAUAAAUCUGACAAGCUUGGCUUAGGUUGUCCUGCUGGAACUCAGAAGAAUAAUCGUUACACUCGUCCUGGAGGGUUAAUGUCUCAUUUCGUCAGCAAAGGAGUCAAUGCCUUGGAAGAUGGGGAGAGCAACUGCAAUCUAGACAAGUGGAUCUUCCCGACACCUGAUCAUGGGCUGAACAACUGGAAGACCGAAGAUGUUACCUCUAUCUCCUUCAACCAGGAGUAA